AUGCCGCGCUUGCCGCUGCUCUUCCCUGUGCUGCUUCUGCUGCUGCUGCCAGUGCUGGCCUCGGGCCUCGGGCUCCGCGGUGCGGGCAGCCGGCACCCUGACUGCGGUCCGUGCCGGCCGGAGCGCUGCCCGGCACCAACAAACUGCCCCGCGCCGGCGAUUUCUGCGCGCGACGAGUGCGGCUGCUGCGCGCGCUGCCUGGGCGCGGAGGGCGCGAGCUGCGGGGGACGGGCUGGCGCGCGCUGUGGCCCCGGCCUGGUGUGCGCUAGCCGGGCCGCGGGGGCGGCGCCCGAGGGGACGGGGCUCUGCGUGUGCGCGCAGCGCGGCACCGUCUGUGGCUCCGACGGCCGCUCCUACCCCAGCAUCUGCGCACUGCGCCUGCGCGCCCGGCACACGCCCCACGUGCUCCCCAGCCACCUGCACAAGGUGCGCGAUGGCUCCUGCGAGUUUGCUCCUGUGGUCAUCAUUCCUCCCCAGAGCGUCCACAAUGUCACUGGGGCACAGGUGUGCCUGUCCUGUGAGGUGAGGGCUGUGCCCACCCCAGUCGUCACAUGGAAGAAGGUCACACAGUCCCCUGGGGGCACCCAGGUGCUGGAGGAGUUGCCCGGGGACCAUGUCAAUAUAGCAGUCCAGGUGCGAGGGGGUCCUUCUGCCCAUGAGGCCACCGCCUGGAUUUUGAAUGAGGUGGUGUGCACUGCCGGCUCCACGGCCUGUAGGGUGACUCGGUUGAGAGAGGCAGUUAUAAUGGCCACAGCAAAAGAGGAGUGA